AUGGAUAAGUCAUGGAUGCACUCGGAUAGAAGAUCGAAGGCAUAUGAGUUAGGGGUGGAAGCAUUUUUGAACUUUUCUGUAGAAAAUCUUCUAACUACCACACAUAUCCGUUGUCCAUGUGUUAAAUGUGUUAAUUUGAAAUUGUUUGGGGUUGGAAUUAUAAGGGAUCACUUAUACUUUAAUGGAGUUGACCAAAGCUAUAAGAAUUGGACAUUUCACGGAGAACCUUGGGAAGCAGCUACUAAUGCUAGUAGAAAUGUUGAAGAAGAUGAUGACCAUAGUAGGUACAGUUUUGUGUCUGAAGAAAUAGAGAUGGAUGAUAAUGAUUUUGGUGAUUUUGGAUCUGAUCCUUAUGAGUUUGCCAAUGUGAUUGGGGAUGGAGAUCAACCAUUGUACCCUGGUUGUAGAAAGUACACGAAGUUAUCGGCAUUAGUGAAGUUGUAUAAUUUGAAGGCAAAAUAUGGGAUGAGUGAUGUCUGUUUUACAGAAUUAUUGAUACUUCAAGGCGAUUUGCUUCCAGACGGAAAUACAAUACCGGCCUCUAUGUAUGAGGCAAAAAGACUUUGUGUGCAUUGGGGCUGA